AUGCAAUGUUAUCUUUCUCGUGCAAGAGCUGCAUUGACUGCCUUGCUAUCAGUGGGCAUGCUGUGCAUGGAUGAUAUGCAUUGCUGCUGCAGUAGCCUAGAUCUGUAUCGAAUGCCUGGAUUGAAAUGUGAUCUCGGUUGCUCCUAAUCAGACCUUUUAUAUUUCGUGCUGGAAUCAGGAUGAAAUCGCCAUUUUCCAAGUGAUCUUGUUGAGCUUGAGCAAUCAAGAUGGAUAGCAUUAUCCCUUCAGAGUUUCCAGAAGGAAUCUUUGUGGAAGAUGGAAAAGACAAUGAUCCAGCUAAGGUAGCAACUGCAGAGAAAGAGAAGCUUCUGGAAGGAGAGGAUACCCACAUGUCCAGCUUCUUGACCGACUGGGACACGGAGGCUGACCAGGGUGGAGGACGCAUGGUCACGGCUGACAGCGGCGAUGACCACUCCGUUGACAGUCUUCCCAUGUCACCCGACGAAGCCAACUCCAAUCAGAAUGCAGACAUGCUGGUGCGAGGCAUGGCACCGGUCUUGGUCGGCGAGGAAACAAGCCACGCCUUCUUCUGUUUUGCAUGGGAGGAUGACGAAUGGGCCAUCAACGUGAUCCGGAAGCUGGAAUCCUCCGCUUACGGUUUCUCAUGUGAUAACAGCAACCACAAGUGGGAUCCGGGCGUCGCCAAAAUGGACAAGAUCAUCAAUUCCAUCUCCACCGCCAAGAAGCUGGUGCUUGUCGUAACGCCAGACUUUAUGCGCAGUCCGUGGUGCAUGUACGAGAACCUGCGCGCUCUGCGUGGCCAUUAUACGAACACGGCGAAAGUCAUAGUGGUGGUGUUGGGUGAGAUAGAACUCCCGGACUUUCUUGAAGGGAUACCGACCAUUAACGCGAUGUCGAGGAACUUCUGGCAGAGGUUUGUUGCCGCAUUGAGAUUAGGUUCUAGCUUGGAUGCUCACGAUGCCUCUCUCAACAAUAAUGUGCCUGCCCUGUACAACAGUGCUCAUCUGGCGACCAUACAAUCAAGUACAGAUUGCUGUUGCAAGGCAAGAUUUGACACCAUCUACUGUCCUGAUGAACUAGCAAGGAAAGGUGUUCAGAUACCUCAGCAGGACUACACUGCAGCCAUCUCCUCCAUCCUGGACGCUCCCAAGAUGAGAUGGUACACCCUGUGGUACAACCGUCUCUUUAGCUCCCUCGUCUGUGCCGUCAUCACCGCCCUCAUCAUCGUGGGCGUGGUCGGUAACCUUAGUAACUUCCAUAACAAGGAGUCCGGUGGUCUCCAUGUGGGGAUCUCCCUCCUCAUCGCCUUUGUCCUGUCCGCGGUGGUAGUCGGUCUCCUGCAUCUUAUUGUCUUCUAUGAGAAGAGAAAGUUGAAUGGUUUAAUAGAGGCUAACCUGUCCCGUGCUAACAUGAUCUUCUGUAAGCACAACAUCCUGGUCGGGAUGACCGAUAGAUUCAACUGGUGCUGGAAUAGAGCUGUGCUCCACUUCAUAUACUUUGAUUUGACAGACUGUAGGAAAGAGAUGAUACAGUUCUUGAGUGACAAUCGCGUCAGAGGAGAUGGAGAUAUGGGUUUAAAUCAGAACUCAUCCGUAAGCGUUGAAAUGCUGCCCUCAUCAGGGGGAGAUGGAGAUGAUACAACCCGGCUCACCAUAGACACCAGACUACGGACAUUAUCUCCACAGACUCUCAUCGCAGACACAGACCCAAGAUCAAUAGCGGAGGAAGCAGAACUGUACCUCAUGCAGCACAGUGCACCGUAUAUCAACAAACUACUCAAAAAGCAAUUGGUGGGACCGUUGCGAAAGAGACAUUGUAGAACCACGGUUUGCCUUUGUCAAUUCACCCAGAAGACGGUCUUCUGCGCUCCCGUGUAACGUUAACUUGAAGUUGGCACAAUCUCAUUCAACGUGUGUGGCAUCUUCAUUUCAUUUGAACUAAUAGGUUUGAUUGUUGGAUACAAUAUUAAAGGUUAUCAUCGCCGUCACCAUCCUUUAGCGUCCGUUUUUCACGUGCCAUGGGGUUGGACAUUUCAUUUCCCUUCUUGCACUUCUCCAGUGAAUAAAGUCCACAAGGAGAUGUAAGUGUUAAGUAUCUGGGCACUGUGUGUUCGAUUCAUAAGGGUUUACGGUAGAUUUUUUAUGAGAUAGAAAGUAUUGCAAUGUGUUAAUUGUGCCUUUUUUGUCAAUAAUUGAAUUGGAUUUUGCUACGAUAACUCUGUUGCUCGAUCAUUUGUGAAUAUGUGAGCACGAUAUAUAAAUUUAGGAAUAUGGUAUAUGUACAGUACUCGGAUAUAGCAGAUGUAUAACUAUUUCUUCUUGUGUUUAUUCCAUCGAAUGGAAACUUUUGAAGUACUAAAUGUAAUCGUUGAUGAGAAUCUGUGUCUAUUCUCUCUUCUAUAAUGCUUUUUCUACAGGAUUUCCUUUGAGAGAAUUUGUUAUCGUUUUGUUUUGUUUGUAGCAUUUUUCAAUGUUGCGGUGGUUUAUUUGACUGUUUUUACUUUGCUAGAAUGUGCAUUUGUUUAAAUAUGUGUCUAUUACACCCCAAUACAUUAGAAAAGCUCGAUCAAUAUGAAUUUUGUACAACUAUUCUUGUGUAUAAUAAGAAUGAGCAGGUAUUAUCAUUAUUGCCAAAGUACUAUACUCAUGGGGGUAUGUUUGUGCCAUUUUGCUCAAUACAUAGAAAGGAUAAAGAAAAUGAGAAAAGUUGUUCAGAGAGUUGAUUGAGAAUGGAAAAAAUGGAGAUUCAGCAUCCUAUUCUACAUGUGAAUUAUUGACCAAACGUGGACUAAGAUUAUUGCCUAACAAAAUUUAAAAAGAUGUUGGAGAUAGUAGUGGUUUUGACAAAAAGUUAUAUUCUCACAUAACUCUCACAUAAAAUUGGCACUUAACUUUAAAAACAACAAUUAAAUGGUACCUGACGAAUAUAUGUGAUAAAUAACGUAGCUCAGUAAUGAUUAUAGAUUGACCAAGAGACUGACCAAAUGAUUGUAAAAGAGAUUGUAGCCGUGUGAUAAUUAUUAACUGACCGAAAGAGAAUGUAUUAUUCAUAGAAUCUAUUAGUCUGUAUGCGCACAUUUUGUUUGGUACAAUUGAGGGGUUUCUCAUUUUUUUGCAAUAUUCAUACAUUUUGUAAUAUUGUAUAACUUUAUUUCAGUGGUGGUUAUUUACCUGACAGCUAAGAAAGCAUACCAGAGGACCGACGGCUUUAGGUCCUCUCAGAGAGACCUGGUAAUGAGGAUUAAUGCCUUACCAAAGGGCACUAGCAUUGCACUAGCGCAUCGCCUUGGUUUCAAACCUCAAACUUUGCCUGAUAGAAACAUUGCUAAAAUGUUAACUUUUUGCCUGCUUUUGUCAAUUUUAAUGUGGAACAAACUAGGAUCACCUACAUCAACUUUUGACACAAGUACAAGGUGUAUUAAAUGUGAUAUCCAAACAGUAAGGAGGACCAGGCACACAAUGUGUAGCAAACAAAGUUUUAUAUAAACAGAUGAAAGUAAGUUGUUAUGGAGAAACGACAUGGCAAUUUUCCCCUGUAGUAUGUAAAACUCUCACAAGCUUAUUUUCUAAAAAGAGAAGAAAAGAAUAGACAGAUCGCAGACAGUGUCUCAGAAAGUACAGUUUCUUUAAAUAUCAUGACUUAGUCUUGACUUCUUAAACAAAUAUUUAGCCAAAGAUAUACAAGUAUUAGUCUACAUGUAGGCCUAGCUUCCACGUAGAAUGAGUUUUCUCUCGUUUUGAAGAAAAUUUGAUGAAUUAUAUUCUGCUAGACACUAGUAUUUCUCAUGUUAUUUGCACAUAUAGUUUGAGUAUAGUCUGACUCUGUCCUCAACAGGUGUAUACUGGAUUAAGAAUAUAUUAACUCUUGGUCACAAAUGCCAUUACGAACUGCUACGAACGCCGUACGAACGAUUUUCAGACAAUGGAAACUCGGGAAGACAAUGGGAAAACAGAGAUUUUUACGAACUUAUUGUUCGUACGAAGCUUUGACCGUAGCAUAAGACUGCACCCUCCACCUGUUUCUCUCAUCCAGUGUUGAGAUCAAAAAAGGAUAAUCAGAAUAUAUAUAUAUAUAUAUAUAUAUAUUCUUAUUCAAAAUCUACUUGAAACCAUGUUAAUUUAGCAUGGAAACAUACAGUCCGUAACUUUGCCAAUAUAUGUGACACGUGCCAACUGUAUUCCAAAACAAAAUGCAUUAAAUGUAAAGCUGUUUAUUUGUGAAUUUGUAAGUACUACAUUUAAGCCAACAUCAGAUUCAAUCAUUAAUGUUCAAGAAGUGACAGAUAUCUUCUUUUGUGCGUUCUUAACUUCUUAUGAACCUGUACUAUAUAUGCAGUACUGAGCUGGAAAGCUAUUCAAAUUAAAUCCCAAAAAAAGAUGAAUAACUUCAAAGACCAAAGCGUAAAAGAAAUAACUUGGAGAGUAUUUAUGAAAGUUAAUAAGUAGUUCAUUAUUACUUCUUGGUUUUGUGAAGAAGGAACUUCACAUUUUCAUUUUGAUCCAAUUUAGAAAAUGUUGAACCACUCUGAACUAAAAUAGUGGCAUUUUUUCAUUAUGUUAGAGACAUAAUGUGAUAGAUUUAGAGUUUCUUUCAAUGUUAUUAUUAGCAAAUCCUAUUCAAAAAUGGGUAUCUUCAUAUAUUUAAUCUAUCUGGAUAUCCAUACAAGUUUAUCAAGAACUUAUGAUGUCUUUACAAAUAUAGAAACAACUUCCUGUUUUUUUUUGCAGUUGGAAAAUUGGAUAAAGAAAAACAAAGGCAUUUCUUUUUUUUUUUUUUUUUUUUUUUUUACUGAACUUUGAUUUGUGAGUAGAAUGUAUGCCAUGUAAAUGGAAUUAAAUUGUUAAUUUGCGUGUAUUUUGUAAUCAACUUUUAUAACUUAAGAUGCCCCACCUCUGUUUGCUUUUUAUGUACAUAUAAGUUUGUGUUCCUUUUUCAAUAUUUAAUAUUCAUGCUGCUUAUUAGAUAGAUAGUGUUAUCAUAGUUGUGUAUAUAUUUUGCUUCCUUUUUGUGAAUUUAGAAAUUAUUAGUAAUUUAGCAAUAAAUAAUCAGAUUUAUUUGCAUUUUCUGAAAUUGAGUUAUAGAUUGCAUCUAGCUUUGAAUUGGUUAAAAUAAUCAAAUGAGGACAUUCAUAUAUAUAUAUAAGCAUUGAAAAUUCAUACUUUUGCAUGAUGCCAUAUUGUAAUGAAAUUCUUUGAUAUAUCAUACUCUUCUAAAGAGAUGGAUAAUAACAAUUUGAUAUAUUGCAAUAGAUUAACGAGGAGGCAUGGACUAUAAAUGGUGAGAGGUUCAUCUUAUAAUUGUUUAAAGAUAUACGUAGUAAGAU